CAGGGGGAUGGUUCCCCCAACAAAUAUAUAUAAAGGGAAAAUAUUUCAAGUAAACGAUUACAUAUCAUUUCUAGCAACAGAAUAAACUGAAAAGAUAAACCUUACAAACCUUUCUGAUUUGUAACAUGGGUGCUAUAGAAUUUCUAACAUUAGUGCUGUGUGUAUUAUUUCCGCUUGUCGCCUGUCAAUGUAUUUCAAAAGUAGACGAAACAGUAAUUGAUACUUUGGAACAAGUAAGAGGACAACUCACUUCACUGGAAAACAAGCUGAAAGAUAAGACUUGUGAACCAGGAUGGCUCAAGUACAAAGGAAGCUGUUACUUUUUCAGUAAGAACUCAAACACUUGGAUAAAUGCUGAGCGUGAAUGUAGACAGAAGUCCAGUAAUCUGGUAAAAAUUGAAAGUGCCUCAGAAAAUAAUUGGAUAAAACGACAGGCUAGAGUCACACAUAAACAACGAUGGAUAGGCGCACGUGAGGUACAUGGACAAUGGGAAUGGGUGUCCGAUUUAUCUCAACUGACCUUCACUUCAUGGGCUAAAAAUGAACCAAAUAAUGCAAAGGAAAACUGCGCCCAUAUUCAUCAGGUCAUUUCAUACAACUGGAAUGAUCAUAAAUGUAACAUGCGUUUCAACUUUAUUUGUGAAAAACCGGCUGGACAAUAAGACGAUUUUCACACAACAACUUGUCACUGAAGCAACCUGAAAUUUAUACCUAUGAUUUUUUUCUAUAUUAUGUAUAGCGCAAACUAUGAAUUUACGAAAAAUAAAGAUUUUUUUUUUA